UAAAGUGAGUGCUGGGUUUGCAAGGCAGCCGUCAGACUGUGGGCGAAGAAAGCAAUCCUUUUAUCGUCGGACGAUCAGAUUGCUUAAACAACUUCACGACGAAAGGUACACUGCAACCGCAGCAAUAAUGGCACUUCGGUUGUUUCGCUUGAGCCAGGAUCUGGUUACUCCUCUGAUUAAACGUAAUUGUGCCGUGUCGGCGUUCGAGUUGCAGCACAAGAAUCCUGUCCAGCGGAAGGUGGAACAAAUUCCUAAGGCGCAGUAUGGUGGUCGGCACACGGUCACUAUGCUACCGGGCGGCGGCAUUGGCCCGGAGCUGAUGAGCUACGUGCGCGAAGUGUUUCGAUUUUCUGGCGUACCUGUGGACUUUGAAAUCGUCGACAUCGACCCGGCCAGCGAGGGUAACGAGGAUCUGGAGUACGCCAUCACGUCAAUUAAGCGGAAUGGAGUCGCAAUCAAGGGUAACAUUGAGACGAAGUCGGAAGCGACCGGUAUUCUGUCGCGCAACGUUGCGCUCCGUAAUGAACUCGAUCUGUACGUGAACGUACUGCACUGCAAGUCGUUCAACGCAAUUCCGGCGCACCAUCAGAAUGUUGACGUGGUGAUUGUGAGGCAGAAUACCGAGGGAGAGUAUGCGAUGCUGGAGCACGAGAGUGUUCGGGGUGUGGUGGAGAGCAUGAAAGUAGUGACGAUCGAGAACGCGGCCAGGGUGGCACGGUUUGCGUUCGAGUUUGCCAAAAAUAACAACCGUAAGAAGGUAACGACCAUCCAUAAGGCCAACAUCAUGAAGCUGGCCGACGGGCUGUUCUUGAAGGUGGCCCGGGACAUCGCUAAGGAGUAUCCUGGUAUCGAACACAACGACAUGAUCAUCGAUAACUGCUGUAUGCAGCUCGUUUCCAACCCUCACCAAUUUGAUGUUAUGAACACAACCAACCUCUACGGUAGUAUCACUUCGAACGUGCUCUGCGGUCUGGUCGGAGGAGCCGGACUUUUCUCUGGUCGUAACUAUGGUGAUCAUUAUGCUGUCUUUGAGCCGGGUACCCGCAACACCGGAACAGCCAUCGCUGGCAAGAACGUCGCCAAUCCGGUUGCCAUGCUGAAUGCAGCUGUCGAUAUGUUGUAUCAUCUUGGUCAUCGUUACCAUGCUGAUUGUAUAUCUGAUGCACUUCAUAAAACAAUCGAUAUCGACGGGGUUCACACUCCGGAUCUUGGUGGAAACAACACUAGUACCGACAUUGUCCAGAAUGUUCUAAAGCAUCUGGCCGAGAAGAGGACAUAUUGGUUCCCGGCGUAUGCGUAUAUGUGAAUACUUAGUCUAAAAUAGAAUUGAAUUCAAAUCAGAACCCCUCCCGGAAUCCUUAACAACUCGUUUUUUUACCCUAUCACUCUUUUGCCGACUCAUAAUGUCUAACCUGACCGGUGGUUUGACGAGCGACUAGUCCUGCAAUUCUUAGUAGGUGUUGGGAUAAGUUUCCGAUGAAGCAUAACAACGAGACGAAUCACCAGUAAACCACUCAGAAACCGCAAAAACCGUUCACAAAUAAACGACACAAUUGAUAUUUUUAAAAGGUUUUAAAUUUUGGCUAAGGAUCUAACGUUACUCAUCACUUUUUUAUAUCAGUUACUAGCUCAUAGCGAUCAUGUUGUUGUUCAUAUUGUAGC